AUGUCUUUCUCCGGCCGUCGCGUCAGCAUCUUGCGCCCGGGAAACCGUCGGUUUUCUCUGGGCAAGGAAUUGUCCGAGAACGAACUCCGAUCGGAAACCCACCGGCAAUUCCGCAGCGCCCAUGAGGGUCACCGUCCCCAUGCCGGUCUCGAUGCCUCGCGUGCCUCCACGGGUGUCGUCUGGUGCACAGAACGUGCCACCGAGCACGGUUACGCAGAGGAUCCCUCUGCCUGGGCGAACCUGGGCCAGGGUGCCCCCGAGGCCGACGAUGAGAUCGAAGGCAGUUUCCCCCGUCCUACGAGCAUCCCCAUCACCUCCGCCGCCCGCGAAUACGGCCCGACCGCCGGUAUCAAGCCUCUGCGCGCCGCCGUCGCCCGGUUGUACAACGAACACUACCGUCAGGGCAAGGAGAGCCAGUACACCUGGGAGAACGUCUGCAUUGUCCCCGGUGGUCGUGCUGGUUUGAUCCGUAUCGCUGCCAUUCUGGGCAACUCUUACCUGUCUUUCCCCAUUCCCGAUUACUCCGCCUACUCGGAGAUGUUGACCUUGUUCAAGAACAUCGCGCCUAUUCCCAUUCCUCUUGCCCAGGAUGACCACUACCACAUCCACCCCGAUAAGAUCGCCGAGGAGAUCGCCCGUGGUACCUCCGUUCUCUUGACCUCCAACCCCCGUAACCCCACUGGUCACUUCGUUGACAACGAGGAGCUCGCUCGCAUCCAAGACAUCUGCAGAGAUCGCGCAACACUGAUCCUCGAUGAGUUCUACGGUGGUUACAACUAUACCACCGACUGUGACGGAACCACGAUCAGCGGUGCUGAACACGUGGUGGACGUUAACCAAGAUGAUGUGCUGCUGAUUGAUGGUCUCACCAAGCGUUUCCGUCUUCCGGGAUGGCGUAUCGCCUGGGUUGUUGGUCCCAAGGAGUUUGUGGAUGCUCUGGGCUCUGCCGGUUCCUACCUGGAUGGUGGUGCCAACGUGCCCUUCCAGGAGGCCGCCAUUCCCAUGCUUGAGCCCGAGCUGGUGCGAGCCGAGAUGAAGGCGUUGCAAAGCCACUUCCGCGAGAAGAGAGACUUCGUUCUUCAGCGCCUGCACGAGAUCGGCUUCCGCGUGAAGGAUGUCCCGCAGGCCACCUUCUACAUCUGGCUUGAUCUCACCUCCCUGGAGCCUCCUCUUCCCAAGGAGGCUAACAUUUCCGACGGAUUGAACUUCUUCAAUGCCCUGUUGACCGAGAAGGUCAUUGUGGUUCCCGGUAUCUUCUUCGACCUGAACCCCGCCAAGAGACGUGAUCUCUUCGACAGUCCUUGCCACCACUUCGUUCGUCUGAGCUACGGCCCCAAGAUGGAUGUCCUGAAGAUGGGUCUGGAUGGUAUCGAGCGGGUCAUCCGCCGCGCUCGCGCUCAGUUCGAGCCCAAGCCGGAGGACGAGGUCGCGCGGGCUGACGAUGCGCGAUAUGAUGUGUGCGCGAUUAUGGCCCUCAACCUCCAGCGCCUCCUUAACUUGACAUUCUUUAUCUUCCUUUCGGUGAUCCUCUUUUCUCUGAUCAUCCUGACCCCCGCCGACGCCAUCUACCAGUGCUACAUCACCCGCCGCCUCACGAACAUCUUUAUCAUCACGGGCGGCUACGUCGUCACAUUCAUUCUCGCCAUCCUCAUAUAUGCGACCCGUCUAUAUACCAACCGGACCGUUCUGUCCGGAAUCCCCAAGGCCUGGAUCCCCGUGGAGAAGGAAGAUGUGGGCAAGAGCGUGCGACGACUGGUGAAAGAGGGCUUAGCCCACAGCGCGAUCAUCGCCUACCAAGCCCGACCGCGGGACCUGGCCGCCGACGGGGAUGAUUUCGCCAACUACGAGUCGCUGCUGAUCGACCGCGACCACCCUCCCUGGGGUCCCAUCGAACACCCUGGCUGGUCGUCUCCUUCCUGCGCGGAUCUGCCGGACCUCCCGUACCGGACCGUGAUCCAGGAACUGCCUCACCUGAUCGAAGCGAAAGCCGUCUCCCUCGCUCCCCCGGACCCGAUCUUCGCCGGGGUGCAUCAGUCCCUUCGCGCCCCGUUCUCCGACGCCGACGAGUCGUUCCCUGAUACCCGGGUGGUGGACGUCCUGCGGCGACCGGUCGCCAUAGGCCUCCGCGAGUACCUGCAGCACCUGGCGUCGCUGGAUGUCAUCCAACCGCCGGAGGUGGGCGCGGCGUUCAUCGCGCGCUACGAACGGGCGCGCUUCUCGUCGCGGGAUCUCCACGAGAACGAGUUUCGGGAGCUGAUGCGCGUCUUUGCGGAGCUGCUCCGGGGCAUGACGGGGCUGAAUCCGCGGGUGCUGGCCGAGCUGCAGGCGGAGGACGGGGCCAGCAGUCAGACGGAGAGCGAGUCCAUCAUCGGGCCCUCGGACGAGGAAGGCGAAACGGAGACCAUCGACUCAUUUCAGGACAGUGAGGGGAUGUUGUCCCGCGGGCGCAGUAACAGCCUGCGGCCUUCGAAUGCCUCGUCCUGGGAUGCCCGGUCCGCCAGACAGCACGGGCGCUGGUCGCCUGUCUGGUCGCGACGGCCGAAUACGCGCGGUCGGACCAUGGAGCCGCCGCGGACGCCGUCGAUGCGCUCGCUUCGGCGACUGCCGUCCAACAGCUCGGGUGGCAGCGUCAUUCAUUUGGUGGAAGCCCGGGGACCGUCGGAUCUGCCGUAUGCCUUUAAUCUUGGGGGGCUCGAGGGGCAGCGUUGA